UCUCGUCUUUCGUCUCUCGUCUCUCGUCUCUACCCUUUAUCGAUAUAGUCAAUUCCCAUUUUCCUUCAACAUUUUAUAUUCAACGCAUUUCAGGGUUUUGCACACAACUGACCUUAAAAAUUAAUGGGUACCUCUUAAAAUAUCAAAAGAAACAUUUAAAUCCAUUUAUAUAUAUAUUAUAUAUACACUAAGUUGAUUUAGAGUGUAGAGCUUUGAGAUAAUGGCAGGUGAAGAGCACAAAAAAGUCUACUUCAAAUGCUGUGAAACACAGUUUUUCACACACAUCAUAGCGAUUGCUUUCUUGGUGUUACUCGCUGGGUUGAUGUCUGGACUCACCUUGGGACUCAUGUCCAUGAGCCUUGUGGAUCUUGAAGUUCUUGCCAAGUCUGGAACUCCGAGGGACCGUCUUCAUGCCGCAAAGAUUUUACCAGUUGUGAAGAGACAGCAUCUGUUACUCUGCACCCUUUUAUUGUCUAAUGCUGCUGCUAUGGAGGCUCUUCCAGUUUUUCUUGAUAAUUUGGUUCCAGACUGGGGUGCUAUUCUUAUCUCAGUCACAUUGAUUCUUUUGUUUGGUGAGAUUGUACCACAAUCAGUUUGCACUCGAUAUGGAUUGGUGAUCGGUGCUGCCUUGGCUCCAGUUGUCCGUGUUCUUGUUUGGAUUUGCUUUCCUGUGGCAUAUCCGAUAAGCAAGCUACUAGACUAUCUGUUGGGAGAAGGACAUGAACCUCUUUUUCGUCGAGCUGAGUUGAAAACAUUGGUCGAUUUUCACAGUACUGAGGCCGGAAAAGGUGGAGAACUGUCGCUUAAUGAGACGACAAUCAUUGCAGGAGCACUAGAGCUCACCGAGAAAACAGCAAGGGAUUCAAUGACUCCCAUUUCCGAAACCUUUGCCAUUGAUAUCAAUGCCAAACUUGACAAGAAUUUGGUAAAUUUAAUCUUGGAGAAAGGACAUAGCAGAGUGCCGGUGUAUUAUGAUCAGCCAAGAAAUAUUAUAGGACUUAUUCUGGUGAAGAAUUUAUUCUCCAUCAAUCCAGCAAAUGAGACACCUGUAAAGAAUGUUACUAUUCGCCGGAUUCCAAGAGUUUCAGAGACAAUGCCAUUAUAUGACAUACUUAAUGAGUUUCAGAAAGGUCACAGCCAUAUGGCCGUUGUCAUUAGACAGCACGGUGACAUGGUGUCACAGCCAACCAGCAAACACCAUGCUGAUGAUUCAAUGAGAGAAGUGAGAUUGGACAUACACGGUGAAAGGCCUACCGAGAAGAAACAUUUGAAGAGCAAGAGAACACUCAAGAAGGUGCAGAAUUUGCCAGGAAGCGCCAACAUUUCGCGCAGAGAGAACUCAAAGAGCAGGAGGUGGUCGGAUCAUUUUCAUCCGGAGGAGGUUUUGCAGAUAAACGACAAUCAACUCUCAAAUUUAACCGAAGAUGGGGAAGCCAUUGGGAUAAUAACCAUGGAAGAUGUCAUUGAGGAGCUGUUAAAAGAGGAGAUUUAUGAUGAGACGGAUCAUCGCAAUGAGCAUUCAUAGCCAAGUUUCUCUUGACUGCAAAUAUAAUUGUGCCAUAAACCGCAAAUGUUUUUGAAGAAGGAAGAAAGUAGCUUGUUUGGAAUCCAAGAAUUUGGAUUUACAAAGUGUAACAAGUAGAAUGUUUGAAAUAUACCAAUCACACAGAUCAUAACCAGAAUACUGUGUGGCUUAUAGGAAAGGAUAAAUGGAUUAUUGUUGGGAUACACAUAUUACAUAUUGAUAAAUGAUGUGAAGCAAAGAAUACACUAUUGAAGGCUGAGAAUGAAAA